AUGGUUAAGAUCACCGCAAUGGCGGCGGCGGUGGCGGUGAUCGCUCUUGUGCUUCUACCCGUCGGCGGGCGCGGCGAGGAGAGGCCCACCGCAGCGCACCCGCACGGGCUCCCCUUCGAGAGCCCGCUCGCUCUGUCGCCGGCUGCUUACGACUUCUUCCACCCCAGCGCGCGCACCCGUCGAGCUCACCACGGCGUCGCGCCGGCGCCGGCGCUCGCGCCUCGCGGACAGCAGCAGCAGCUGAGGGAGUCCGCGGUCAGAGGAACGUCGGCGGCGGGCGUAGCGAAGGCCGACCAGGAAGAAGGGGCGGCCGUGGAGACGCACCGGCGCCACAACCACACGGUGACAGGCGUGUUCGUCGCCGCCGCGGCGGCCGCGCUUGUGGCUAUCGGCGUGGCGUACGCCGUGCUCAUGGGUGAUGCAACUGAACCACGAGUAAAACUGAACUUUCGAUUUGAGAUUAUAUAUACAGAUGGAAGACCAGAACUGACACUGAGGGUGAUCGGGGAUGGACAGGUACAGAAAUAUGAGCACAUCAAUGACGUUUCAGCACAUCAGUGGCUUGACAAAAGAGUCUUCCCCCACCCCUGUGCUUCCUCAGUUGUCAUGUUCAAUAUGGUGCUUGAAUCACCAUCCACGAGAGCUAAGGUACACAACAAGCCGCCCAAGAGUCUCGUCCACCGCCUUGUUCCAUACAUGAGCCAGCUCAGUUGA